UCACUCACUGCCUGCUGUCUCUCCCCACCUGCUGUCUCUCGCCGCCUGCUGUCUCUCACUGCCUGCAUCUGACCAGCUCUAGCGUCAGACCCGUGGUGGACCAGAAAGUAGAGAGGGUGGAAGAGCCCAGUGGGGAAGUGGACACUCUGCCUCUGUGACAAGGCUCCACUUGUUCCUGCCUGGGCCUGGCAUGGCUGCCGGUGACACCUGUGCUGGAGACACGCCCUCCAGGCGCAGGGCUGUGUGGCUGCUCCUCCUGCUCUUCCAAGGCUGUUUCUGUCUGAGCGGCCCCGGCACUGUGCGAGGCACCGAGGGGGGAUCCCUGAGCGUGCAGUGUCGCUACGAGGAAGAACACAGAGCUCGGGCCAAAUUCUGGUGCCGUCACCGGUGUUGGCCAGGGCGGGAGAUCGUGAAGACGAAUCCGCCAGAGGUAGAAGCGCGGAGCGGCCGAGUGUCCAUCAGGGACCAUCCUGCAAACCUCACCUUCACCGUGACCUUGGAGAACCUCAGCAGCAAGGAUGAAGGCAGAUACCUCUGUGGGGUCGGUGAGCCAUGGGGGAUGGACAUCUUCUUCCGGGUGACGGUGCUCGUUUUCCCAGCCCCGACCACAGCCCUCAGCUAUGUAGGCUCGACAGUCCCUGUGAUGACCCGGCCAGCACACACCGGAGAGAAGCCCCCUGACCCCAGCCCACACCCUCGGUCCCUGCUCGGCAGCGUCCACGGCCUGCUGCUGGUCUUCCUGAAGCUGCCCCUGCUCCUGGCCAUGCUGGCUGCUGUCCUGUGGGUGAACCGGCCACAGCGGGGCCCUGGGCGAGGCCAAGUCAGCUGAGCUGGAAGAGUGCACAGCCGGGACGCCACGGAGGCCCUUGGGGACCAGAAGGAUCCAGACUUCCAUCAGAACGCUCUCUGCUUUUCCUAACCUGCCAGUGAGGCCGCACAGAGAUGAAGGCGUCCAAUACACACGCGAGGUGCCUGUAACCGCGAUGGCCUGGGGGACGCCUUGCACUGCGCGCCACAGCGGCUCGCACAGCGCGGGAGCCCCGUCCCCUGCACAGCUCUGCGGAAUUCCGGGGUCUCCACUGCCUGGGUUCUGCCAGAGGAGGAGGCACACGGGGAUGUCCAGGGCGUCUCCUUCAGCCUCCUUGGCUCUGUAACUGUGCGGAGAGGAGAGGGCCCAGCCUCGUUCCUGAGGGCUGGGAUGUGCUCGUCCGCGUUGCCCCUGGGAGGGUCGUGGCUGAGCCGUUCCUUUGCAAGCUCUGUGCUCUGUGCAUGAACGCACUGACACUCAUCUGUCCUUCUGUCGGUGGCAUUGGCCAUUUUCUUCUAUUUCUUUGUCCUCCCCUCCUUGUUGGUGGCGACUAUUACGACAUUCUUAAGGACAUCCUUAAGCACAUGGCCCCUGGGUCCCUGGUGUUCGCGGCUUCUGGAGUGCAGGUGCCUCCCCAGACUCCAGGGCCAUGGGCACGCUUUGCCGUGCUGCUCAGGCAGCUCCCCAGGGACACAACCCCAAACUGUCUCCCAAAGUCACCGCAGCAGCCGCCCCUGCCACCCCCAGGCCCUUUGCCCCAACCACGUUAGCCUCCCCAGCCUCCUCCACUGAGGGCAGAAGAAAUGGA